UGAUAAUGGUUCACAUUUCAUAUCGGAAUUAACACAGGCCGUGGUUCAACAAUGUAAUACAACACAUGUUCUUACGACACCUUAUCAUCCCAUGUCAAAUGGUCAAACUGAACGAUUUAAUGCCACACUUGCACCAUCAUUGGCGAAACUACGAUUUGAUACGAAUCGUCCUGAUCCACAAUAUGAAAUUGGCGAUUUGGUAUUGAUUAAAGUUCUGGAUAAAUCGUCCAAAUUGAAAGAACAAUUUGAAGGACCAUACCGCA